UUCCAGUCUUACAUACCAAGGCUGAGAGGGAUAUGUUUGGUCUUUUCACUAAGCAGACCUAGUCUUGUUAUUUUUAACCCAAUAAAUGAACGAUCAAUGAGAAGCCCAGUGAUAUUUUUUCCAAAAUUUUGGUAGCUACUAAUUCAUGUAUAGGUGAGCACGUCAGCUUUUGCAGUCAAAGCAAGGAGACACUUGUUGGUCAUCAGGUCAGUGAGACUGACCCAUGGACGAGAACGGUACAGACAGUCCAGUGGCCGUGAAGGUGGAGGGCCACUCUCGAUGCAUCAUCCUGAGGUACUUCCGGGGGGACAUCGGGAGCAUGGUGGACGCUCACUUCAGCCGUGCUCUCAGCAGAGUGUGCAAGGCCAACACUCCGGCAGGCAAGGCUAAGAAAAUACGCAAAACCAUUAAAUUAGAGGAGAGUGGCUCCUGUCAGGCCAACGGCACUGAGCCUCUUCCAGCGUCGGGUUGUCACGUGGCUUUCAAAGCCAUGGACGAUCCCUGCAGGCCGUGGCCCUCCUUCAUCACCAGGACCAGAGAAGAAGCCUCUGGGUUGCCGUCUGCUGCGUACUCCAUGUCGCCGGAAGACUUGAGUCUGACGGGGCAGCAGUAUGCCUCGUCCCUGCUGAACCUCCUGCACAGCGACCGCAGCGAGAUGGGGCCCGGCAUGGCCUCCAGCUCAAAGACAGAACUGGUGCCCAGCUGGAUGGUGCACCAAGGAUUUAGGGACUCCGUGGAGCCCGCUGUAGGCUUUGAGUCUGGACAACGUGUGGACAAGAAAGACUUGUACUGGUACUGAGGGGACGACGUAGGGCAGCGAUGGAGGCUCCACCUGACUAGGAGUCAUCGUCAUCACCAGCAGGAGCUUUGAUUGUCUUCCUCACGGCAGUGAUACGACCUCAGGAAAACCUGCUGUGCUACUUUGUGUCCUUCCUCUGCUCCUUCACUGCUCCUUUUGCAGCCGAGUAGACGGAGGAAAUUGUAUUGCUUUGAUUAUUUUCUUGCCAACUAUCGUCACCAGAAAAAGGACCGGUAUUACUACAGUGUGUGUAGCUCAGUACUGCAUGUUUUGUGUGCAUGUAAAUAUGCAAAUAAUGUCUGUUGCAGCGCUGCAGCUGUGACCUUGCAUAACUUUUCAGGAGCGAGUGGCCUCCAAGGGCCAAAAUGUUCAAGAACAAAUGAAUGUUGCAUUUUUAAUAGGAAAAAUAAUAAUGAUAAUAUCUUAGUAAGCUGUGCUGGAUGUUCAAAGUAUCAGAUAAAAUAAAUGAGCUGAAACAGUCCAAACUAUUAUUGUACUAUUAUCAUUAUUAUUAUUGUAUUAUUAUUGUACUUGUGUUUCUGUCAUGUUCUGUGUGCUGCUCUGCUGCCCUCUGCCAUUCCCUGAACCUGCCCAGGACUUAAUUGGUCACACCUGCAGCUCAUUACAACCUGCCUUCUUAAGCUGCAGCCAAACUCCAGACCAGCGCCAGAUUGUACUUCCUGACCACCCACUCCUUGCUCCUGCUCAGUCCGGCUCCUUGUUCCUUACCCUGCUUUCUGGCUCAACCCUUUGCUACCAUUACCUGCUCUUUUGCAUUUUUGUAUUUCCUGAUAGGUGUGCCUUCAGUGUCUUUUGUUGUUACUUUAGUGUUUUUUCUUGACAGCCUUUUGCUGUCAGUGCUUUUCUUUAGUAUUACCUGUAGUGGAUUUUCCUUUGUUGAACUUUGCUCUU